AUGACUUACAGAACUGCUUUAAAGGUUGUCUCCGCAAUUGAACAAUCUGAAGGUGUUGGUGCUAGAGUUAGAAGAUCUAUUGGUAUUUUAAACAAUAGAAACUUCAACCCAUUCUUGAUGCUCGAUCAUUUUAAGGUCAGUCCAAAGGCUGGGUUCCCUCAACAUGGUCACAGAGGCCAAGAGACUAUUACUUUGGUCUUGAAAGGUGCUAUUGCUCAUGAAGAUUUCACUGGUUCUAAGGGUAUUUUGUACCCUGGUGACUUACAAUUCAUGACUGCUGGUAAGGGGGUUGUCCAUUCUGAAAUGCCAGUUAACUUGGAUGGAGAUCAGACUACAAUGGUAGAAGGUAUGCAACUUUGGGUUGAUUUACCUGAGCUGUUGAGAGACACUAACCCAAGGUACAGAGAUUUAAGAGCUUAUGAAAUUCCUGAAGUUGUGCAACAAGAUGGAAAGGUCAAAGUUAAGGUUAUCUCUGGUGAACUGUAUGGCGUAGAGCUGGCACAUGAUUUAGCGUACACUCCAGUACAAUAUUAUUAUGCAACUUUGAAGCCAAAAGGUGUUUACACUCAAAAGGUUCCUCAAAACUAUAACUUCUUUGCAUACGUCUUAAAGGGUGAAAAGGCUGUUGUGAAUAAAGAUACAGUAGUUCCACAGUAUCACAAUGCAUUCUUCAAUCAAGAUGGUGACACUAUUGAAAUUUCCAAUGAAGGUAGCGAUGAAGUUGAAUUAGUUUUGAUUGGUGGUGAGAUUUUGAAUCAGAAAACUGUUCAACAUGGUCCAUUUGUAGCUGAUUGUCAAGAAAACAUCUACAAGGCAUUCUCAGAUUUCCAGUAUGGAAGAAAUGGUUUUGAAAAGAUGAAAACUUGGAACUCAUUGAUCUCCGGUGGUGUUACUGUUGAUAUGAUUGACGAAUUAGGUGGAGGAAUCGAAAAGAGAAAGGAGGAUGAAAGAAAGUACUUAGAAAGUAAGAAGAAAGAAGCUGAAACUGUAUGA